AUGCCAGAUGGUGGAGGAGUCAAAGGCUAUUCCAGCCUCCUGAUUCUAAGGACUCUUAUGAGUUUAGUAGCCAGAGUUGAGGCCGGCGUCCGAAACGGAAAUUCCGAUGAUGAAAUGCCGGACAAUGCUUCUUAUCCAUGGUUUGAGGAAGAAGACGGUGUUGAUCCCGGACUCCAGUGGUCAAAUUGGUGUCCCCCUUGUUAUUACUUCGAGUACAUUGCCGGAACUAGUACGGGAGCGCUAUCAGCAAUUAUGCUGGGGCGGCUUCGCAAUUCUGUUAACGAUGUACUGCGAGAAUAUACCACAUUUGGCAAUGAGGUUUUCGGAAAGCCUCGAUGGUUCCACCAGCAAAAUAUUAUACUACUUCCUCGCCAAAAAUAUUGUACUCGAGCGGUGGAAGCAACUUUAAGAAACAUCAUAGGCCAGGAGAAUGGACGAGAGAGACGAUUCCCAUCAAAUGAAACACAAUGCAAAACAAUGGCAGUUGCAUAUGCUGAAGAUCAAGGACAAGCUAUUCAAGAGCACUACCUUUUUAGAACUUACGAUCAUUACCAAAACCAGUGGGCAAGUCCGGUCAUGAAUCCGGGCCGUGCCAACAAUCUCCCAAUUUGGAAAGUUGCGCGGGCAACAUCGGCAGCGCCCCUUUAUUUCGAAGCUUUGGUGACGGAUCCCGGAACAGAAAUACAAGGGAGGAAGAAAUUUCUUGAUGGAGGUUUAGGUGCUAACAACCCCACCUUCAUCGCUCUCCGUGAGGUUUUGCAAAUCACCAAUCCCGCCAACCCUCAUCAAGCUAAAUGUUUACUGGUCAGUAUUGGAACAGGUCUGGCGAGACCGCCAAACCCAAACAUUGCAUCCCCCCACCCCGACGAAGCGAUGGAACCGGAGCAAUUAAGCACAUGUUCAUGGCUGACAGGCAAACUUUUCAAAUAUGGCUUCGCUAUUCACCGUGCGGUAGGGAAUCUGCUGUGGUUAAGAAGUGUUUUUCUCAAAUAUGCCCUCAAUUCGCAGAGGAUACAUUUGAACGAAGUCCUCUUUGCGACUGAGGCAGCCGGUAUCCCAUAUUAUCGGCUGAACGUUGAUGAUGGCGUCAAUAACAUUGCGCUCGACACUUGGGAACCUGCUGAUGGAGGUGGAACGACUCUACAGACAAUCCGUCGUCAUACACUUGUCUACCUCAACAAGCCGGAAGUUAGGCAGAAGCUCUUGAAUUGUGCUUAUAGCCUAGUGAAGCUGAGAGAUAAUCACUGUCGCAGGGCAGAUUGGCCCCAGUUUGGGGACGGCUUCCUUAAUAGGUGGGAACGGGGCCUGGGCUGGCUCAAUAGAAGAUUCGAUUGGUACUAG